AUGUCUAGUUUAUGUUCAUCUUCUGAGCGCUCUUCACGGGCGCACAGCCUUUCCUCGACCUCCCUAUCGUCUUCGAGAUCUAGUUCAUCCUUCUUCUACCACGUUUCUAAUGCCUCCAGCUCAAAUACGGAGGUUUCUAUCAGCUCCCCGGGCUCUCCAAAUCCGCAAACAUCGUCCCAUAAGACCAAAGAUUUCAUCGCUGCUGCAUCCGCUAAGCUAUCCAAAGCUCGUGAGCAGGUCUCGCACGCGCUCAGCGACGCUACUAUCCCUAAGGAGUCCAAGUUUCGUUCUUCCAUAACUUCCGCUAUCGUUGAGGAGGAUGUGGGAUAUUAUGGGUCGGAUGGUGAUAUUCGUGGAGCGAAUAUGAAGUCAGCGAGCCUCCAGAAGGCACGACCCAACAUUACCACUAAUGCCGGCGCUCCUAACACAAAUACUACUUCUCGCAAACGUCUGCUCGCUCAUCCUGAUGUUCUUUCUAACACACGUGCUAUUCCGGAUUUCGAGCUCACCACCAAGACGUUAUUGAAGCCGCCUGCUGGACUUGGCCUGGCUCUUCCGUCCGUACAUCUAUCGAAGCCUAUCGCUCGUGCUUGCACGAUGCCCUCUAUCAAGUCCUCCUCUGAACACAAUCUCCGAGACUCUCCCUCGUCAAACUCGCCGCCGCCGACCUCCCACCCCCAUGGGCCGCCGAAGGUUUACCUUCGCCCCAUAGAGCUUCCUGGCACACCGUCCCCUAUGGAGCUUCUGCCACCUAGCAUCAUCAUGUGUGAGUCAAUGCAUAGGAGUCUGUGCAAAGGUUUCAAGCAAUCCUUAUCUGCGCUUCCUUCGCCGGCCGAAGGAUUGUCGCCACUCUGGACGCUCCCUCCCCUUACUGGCUUCGUAGCAUCUCAUACAACACCUCAGAGUCCCGUUCUACUCGGUGAAGGCGGGUUGAAGUUAAUCAGUCAUCCUAUUGGCGGCGGAGACUGGAACCCAUACUUCCCUUCGAUCUAGGUAGGGCAUGUGAUGGUCAAGUAUAUCUGCCAACUAAUCUGGUUAGCUUAUACAGCACAUAUUAAACAACCCGUGUGUCAAAGCUAGAUGAUAGUGCACAUAUACGUAUUGAUGAUAAUGUAAUGACCUGUUCACGUGUAUGUAAAUAAAAUAACAACUGCAGCAUAGAAU